AUGCCUCCUCCGGCCACCGCCAAGCCGCACCUGAACCCACCCCUCCUCCGCACCCCGCACCUCCUCCCGCCCGCGCGCCACCUCGCCACGAGGAGCAGGCGCCUGGGCUCCGCCACCACCACCGCCCCGCCGAGCGUGGCCGUACACGCGGCGGAGGCGGCACCGGAACCCACGUCCUCCGACCCCAGCGCGGAGCUACGGAAGCUCUGCGUCCACGGGCAGCUCCCGCAGGCGCUCGCGCUGCUCGAGUCCUCCCCGGCGCCGCCGGACGAGGACGCCUACGUGGCGCUCCUCCACCUCUGCGAGUGGCGCCGCGCGGCGGGCGCCGGGAUGCGCGCCUGCGAGCACGCCGACGCCGCGCACCGCAGCUUCGGCCUCCGCCUCGGGAACGCCAUGCUCAGCAUGCUCGUCCGGUUCGGGGAGUCGUGGCACGCGUGGCGGGUGUUCGCCAAGAUGCCCGACCGCGACGUCUUCUCCUGGAACAUCAUGGUGGGCGGCUACGGCAAGGCGGGCUUCCUGGAGCAGGCGCUCGACCUCUACCACCGGAUGCUGUGGGCCGGGGUCAGGCCCGACGUCUACACCUUCCCCUGCGUGCUCCGCACCUGCGGGGGCCUCCCGGACUGGCGGAUGGGGAAGGAGGUGCACGCCCACGUCCUCAGGUUCGGGUACGGGGUCGAGGUCGACGUGCUCAACGCGCUUGUCACCAUGUAUGCCAAGUGCGGGGAUGUCGCGGCUGCGCGGAGGGUGUUCGAUGGUAUGGCCCUGACGGACUGCAUCUCGUGGAAUGCGAUGAUUGCUGGGCAUUUUGAGAACCAUGAGUGUGAGGCGGGGCUGGAGCUGUUUCUUGACAUGCUGGAGGAUGAAGUGCAGCCGAAUCUCAUGACGAUAACCAGCGUGACUGUUGCUUCUGGGUUGCUGGCUGACCUCGAUUUCGCAAAGGAAAUGCACGCGUUGGCAGUAAAGAGAGGGUUCGCUGCUGAUUUUGCGUUCUGCAACUCCUUGAUUCAGAUGUAUUCGAGCCUUGGGAGGAUGGGGGAAGCAUGCACAGUAUUCGCAAGAAUGGAGACCAGAGAUGCCAUGUCAUGGACAGCCAUGAUAUCAGGGUACGAGAAAAACGGCUUCCCGGACAAAGCUCUUGAGGUGUAUGCGCUGAUGGAAGUGAACAAUGUAAGUCCUGAUGAUGUUACUGUAGCGAGUGCUCUUGCUGCCUGUGCUUCCUUGGGGCGAUUGGAUGUUGGCAUCAAGUUGCAUGAGAUUGCUACAAGCAAGGGCUUCAUCAGGUACAUCGUAGUUGCAAACGCACUCCUUGAAAUGUAUGCAAAGUCCAAGCACAUCGACAAAGCUAUCGAAGUUUUUAAGUACAUGCCUGACAAGGAUGUAAUAUCAUGGACUUCAAUGAUCGCAGGCUUUUGCUUUAACCAGAAGUGCUUCGAGGCUCUGUUCUAUUUCCGGCAUAUGCUGGCAGAUGUAAAACCCAACUCUGUUACUUUCAUCGCUGCUCUGGCUGCUUGUGCUGCUACUGGGUCUUUGAGGUGCGGUAAAGAGAUCCAUGCACAUGUUUUAAGGCGAGGCGUUGCAUCUGAAGGUUAUGUGCCCAAUGCUCUUCUGGACCUGUACGUGAAAUGUGGCCAGACAGAAUAUGCUUGGGCGCAGUUCAGUGCGCAUGGUGAAAGGGAUGUUGUAUCUUGGAAUAUCAUGCUUGCUGGGUUUAUUGCUCAUGGACAUGGAGAUAUUGCUUUGUCAUUCUUCAGCGAGAUGUUGGAAUCUGGAGAGCAUCCGGAUGAAGUUACAUUCGUUGCUCUGUUGUGUGGGUGCAGUAGGGCUGGAAUGGUUAGUCAAGGUUGGGAACUUUUUCACAGCAUGACUGAGAAAUACUCGAUUGUUCCAAACCUCAAGCACUAUGCAUGCAUGGUUGAUUUACUGAGCCGUGUUGGCAGAUUAACAGAAGCUUACGACUUCAUAGCCAGAAUGCCUAUCACACCAGAUGCUGCUGUAUGGGGAGCCUUGUUGAAUGGGUGUCGGAUACACCGGCAUAUUGAACUUGGAGAGCUUGCUGCGAAAUUUGUCCUUGAGUUGGAACCUAAUGAUGCUGGGUAUCAUGUUCUUUUGUCUGAUUUAUAUGCUGAUGCUGGCAGGUGGGCUGAAGUGGCUAGAGUGAGAAAAACCAUGCGAGAAAAGGGAUUGGAGCAAGACUAUGGAUGUAGCUGGGUUGAGGUUAAAGGAGAUAUCCAUGCAUUUCUUACAGAUGAUGAGACACAUCCACAGAUCAAAGAAAUAAAUGCUGUUCUACAUGGCAUAUAUGAGCGGAUGAGAGCAUCUGGUUUUGAUCCUUUUGAAUCUCAUUCUUUAGAAGAUAAAGAAGUGUCCAAGGAUGACGUGUUAUGUGGCCAUAGUGAAAGACUAGCUGUUGCUUUUGGUUUGAUCAAUACCACACCUGGCACCUCUAUUUCUGUCACAAAGAACCAGUACACUUGUCACAGCUGUCAUGGUAUAUUGAGGAUGAUUUCUAAGAUUGUUCGAAGAGAGAUAACUGUCAGGGACACUAAGGAAUUCCACCAUUUUAGGGAUGGAAGUUGUUCGUGCGGAGGUUCAGGCUAAGGAAACUAUAAUAUGUGGCCACAUGAUAAUACUCACCUCGGUUCUGAAUCACCGGUACAGAAGACUUUUGCAACAAGCAUUGGGAAAUUGAUAUAGCAAUAUAGUCAAUAGCAAGUAGAAGGCUAGCUUUGAUAUGGCACCAUGCCCACCAGCAAGACUGCUUGCUGCUCAGAUAGACAUAGCUUAUGUUUCGGGUUAUAUGUAGAGGGUCCAUGCAAAUUUGCAGCUUGGUACAUUGUAAAAGAUGGUGAAAAGUUAUCCCAGAUGUUGGCAAUUCAGCUCGAACAUAUGUUGACCUUGCAGAAAUCUCCUGAUGAAUUGCGUCUUGGAGAUGUUUUUCUUCCGUCAACUUGCCAAAAAAAACCAAGUAAGCUUAAUGUAGUAAGGAAGGGCAGGAUAGUUGAGUGCAGAAUGUUUUGUCCAAUAGGAAUAACUGUAAUUGUAAUGCCUGUCAUGUGUCAACUAUAGGCUGUAUCAUUGUGGAGCUGCAUUUUUUGCUGGUUUCAUGUUAGUUAGUCCAUGUGAAACUAGGUACUUCAAUAUUUUGAGAUUACUUGGUGUGCCAUUGUGGACC